AUGUGCCAGCUCCUGCUCCUGACGGCGACGGCUCUUUCGGGUGGUGGUGCGACGGCCUUGGAUCCCGUCAGCAUCCUGCUUUACGACGGCGAUGAAACCGCGGCUGUGAUGAGCUGCGAGUUCGCCGUGAGGGAAAUGGGAGCUUUUGACGCAAUGUUUUGGACAUGGCAGUGGAGCAGCGAUGGCGGGCGGACGAGACUGCAGCUCUUGACGGACGAACGGAGCAGGUUACGAUGGAUGGAGCAGUUUCUGAAGCACAAGAUGGAGGCUUCUAGACCGAGUGUCCCGGUGGAAUGGAACAGGGCUGAGGCGGCAAUGCACCUGUCGGAAAUGCUGUUGGAGCGGUUGUGGCUGGGGCUUGUUUGCGUUGAUGCAGACUUGUGGGAUGGCCUGGGCAUCCCGGUCUGCCCGUAGGCGCCCGUGGCCACCAGCAGGCCGCAGCACUGCUUGGUGCCGUCGUGGCAGGUUCCGCACACGGGCGGGCCGGUCUGGCUGCCGCUGACGCUCUUCUCGGUGGGCGCUUCGACCUUUUCGGCGGCGGGGCUGACCAGCACGGCCGGGAGUGCGCUGUUGGACAGGUCGGUCACGGCGCUGCUGAGGUCGGCGGGGGCGGCCGUGGCGAGGAGGGCGCCGAGGAGGGCGCCGAUGCUGAGUGA